GGCGCGGGGCCGCGCGGCGAUUGGUCAGCGGCGGCGCCGCUCCCAGAAUACCCCGCAUGGCGCGUCAUUGAAGAGAGACCAUGAUGGCGGCGGCGCUGGGGCCCCCAGAAGUCAUCGCUCAGCUGGAGAACGCGGCCAAAGUUUUGAUGGCCCCGCCGUCCAUGGUCAGUAAUGAGCAGCGCCAGCAUGCAGAACAUAUUUUCUUAUCAUUCAGGAAAUCCAAAUCACCGUUUGCAGUUUGCAAGCAUAUUUUGGAAACAAGUAAAGUGGACUAUGUCCUCUUUCAAGCUGCCACAGCCAUAAUGGAAGCCGUUGUCAGAGAGUGGAUUCUCUUGGAAAAAGGUAGCAUCGAGUCACUGCGAACAUUCCUUUUAACAUAUGUCUUACAAAGGCCUAACCUCCAAAAGUAUGUCCGGGAACAGAUUCUAUUAGCAGUAGCAGUAAUUGUAAAACGAGGAUCAUUAGAUAAGUCAAUUGACUGCAAAAGCAUCUUUCAUGAAGUCAGCCAGUUAAUAAGUAGUGGCAAUCCCACUGUGCAAACUCUGGCCUGUUCUAUUCUAACUGCAUUGCUGAGUGAAUUUUCAAGUUCAAGUAAAACUAGUAAUAUUGGAUUGAGUAUGGAGUUCCAUGGCAACUGCAAAAGAAUUUUUCAGGAAGAAGACCUCCGUCAGAUCUUCAUGUUAACUGUGGAGGUUCUGCAGGAGUUCAGCAGGCGGGAAAACCUCAAUGCCCAGAUGUCCUCCGUAUUUCAGCGUUACCUUGCACUUGCCAAUCAAGUCUUGAGCUGGAACUUUCUUCCUCCAAAUUUGGGCAGACACUAUAUAGCCAUGUUUGAGUCCUCACAAAAUGUGCUGCUGAAGCCAACAGAGUCCUGGCGGGAGACGCUUCUGGACAGCAGAGUUAUGGAGCUUUUCUUCACAGUACAUCGAAAAAUCAGAGAAGAUUCAGAUAUGGCACAAGACUCUCUGCAGUGCCUUGCCCAGUUAGCCUCUCUUCAUGGACCCAUCUUUCCUGAUGAAGGAUCACAAGUUGAUUAUCUAGCACACUUCAUUGAGGGAUUACUGAAUACUAUCAAUGGAAUUGAAAUAGAAGAUUCUGAAGCCGUGGGUAUCUCCAGCAUUAUCAGCAACCUGAUAACCGUGUUCCCUCGGAAUAUUUUAACAGCCAUUCCAAAUGAACUUUUUUCCUCUUUUGUUAACUGCCUCACUCACCUCACUUGUUCUUUCGGACGAAGUGCUGCAUUGGAAGAAGUGCUUGAUAAAGAUGACAUGGUAUAUAUGGAAGCUUAUGACAAAUUGCUGGAGUCCUGGCUAAUACUGGUUCAAGAUGACAAGCAUUUCCAUAAAGGCUUUUUUACCCAGCAUGCAGUUCAAGUUUUCAAUUCCUAUAUUCAGUGCCAUCUCGCUGCUCCUGAUGGCACAAGGAAUUUGACUGCCAAUGGUGUGGCCUCUCGUGAGGAAGAAGAAAUAAGUGAACUUCAAGAAGAUGAUCGAGACCAGUUUUCAGAUCAACUAGCCAGUGUAGGAAUGCUAGGAAGAAUUGCUGCAGAACACUGUAUACCUCUUCUGACAAGCUUACUAGAAGAAAGAGUAACAAGGCUCCAUGGCCAGCUCCAGCACCAUCAACAGCAGUUACUUGCUUCGCCUGGUUCCAGCUCUAUUGACAACAAAAUGCUUGAUGAUCUGUAUGAAGAUAUUCACUGGCUUAUUUUAGUUACAGGCUACCUCUUAGCUGAUGAUACUCAGGGAGAGACUCCGCUAAUACCUCCAGAAAUAAUGGAAUAUUCCAUUAAGCAUUCAUCUGAAGUUGACAUUAAUACAACACUUCAAAUUUUGGGAUCUCCAGGAGAAAAGGCUUCUUCCAUCCCAGGGUACAACAGAACAGAUUCUGUGAUUAGGCUGCUGUCUGCAGUUCUUAGAGUUUCCGAAGUUGAAUCUCGAGCAAUACGAGCAGAUCUCACUCAUCUACUAAGUCCUCAAAUGGGCAAAGAUAUUGUUUGGUUUCUAAAACGCUGGGCAAAGACUUACCUCCUGGUGGAUGAGAAACUGUAUGAUCAGAUAAGUAUGCCGUUCACUACAGCAUUUGGAGCUGACACAGAGGGUUCCCAGUGGGUCAUCGGCUACCUCCUGCAGAAAGUCAUCAGCAACCUCGCCGUAUGGAGUAGUGAACAGGACCUUGCAAAUGACACUGUACAGCUCCUCGUCACUCUGGUGGAGAGAAGAGAAAGGGCAAACUUAGUCAUUCAGUGUGAAAACUGGUGGAACUUAGCCAAGCAAUUUGCCAGUCGCAGCCCACCUCUGAAUUUCUUGUCAAGUCCUGUGCAGAGGACCCUGAUGAAAGCUCUGGUCUUAGGAGGUUUUGCACAUAUGGACACAGAAACCAAACAGCAGUACUGGACAGAGGUCCUUCAACCACUUCAGCAACGAUUCCUCAGAGUGAUAAAUCAAGAAAACUUCCAGCAGAUGUGUCAGCAGGAGGAAGUCAAGCAGGAAAUCACGGCCACACUGGAGGCUCUGUGUGGCAUUGCGGAAGCCACCCAGAUUGACAAUGUAGCCAUCCUCUUUAAUUUUCUAAUGGACUUCCUUACCAAUUGCAUUGGACUGAUGGAAGUUUACAAAAACACCCCAGAGACUGUCAAUCUCAUAAUAGAAGUUUUUGUUGAAGUUGCACAUAAACAAAUAUGCUAUCUUGGGGAGUCCAGAGCUAUGAAUUUAUAUGAAGCCUGCCUUACUUUGUUGCAAGUAUAUUCAAAGAAUAAUUUAGGGCGGCAAAGAAUAGACGUUACAGCAGAGGAAGAACAGUACCAAGACCUGCUUCUCAUUAUGGAACUUCUUACUAACCUUCUGUCAAAAGAAUUCAUAGACUUUAGUGAUACAGAUGAAGUGUUUCGUGGCCACGAGCCUGGACAAGCCGCAAGCAGAUCUGUGUCAGCAGCUGACGUUGUCUUGUAUGGAGUCAACCUGAUCCUUCCCUUAAUGUCACAGGAUCUGCUGAAGUUUCCAACACUUUGUAAUCAGUACUACAAAUUAAUCACGUUUAUUUGUGAGAUUUUCCCUGAAAAGAUACCACAGCUCCCCGAAGACCUUUUUAAAAGUCUGAUGUAUUCACUAGAACUAGGAAUGACUUCGAUGAGCUCGGAGGUUUGUCAGCUGUGCUUAGAAGCUCUGACACCGCUGGCUGAACAAUGUGCAAAGGCGCAGGAAACCGAUUCCCCCCUUUUUCUAGCAACUCGGCACUUUCUUAAGCUGGUUUUUGAUAUGCUGGUUUUGCAAAAGCACAACACAGAGAUGACCACAGCCGCUGGGGAGGCUUUCUACACUUUGGUGUGCUUGCAUCAGGCUGAAUACUCAGAAUUGGUUGAGACAUUACUUUCCAGUCAACAAGACCCAGUGAUUUACCAGCGACUAGCAGAUGCCUUCAACAAACUCACAGCCAGCAGCACUCCUCCAACUCUGGACCGAAAGCAGAAGAUGGCCUUCUUGAAGAGCUUAGAAGAGUUUAUGGCAAAUGUUGGUGGUCUCCUUUGUGUAAAAUAAACACCAGGGCUUUGUGCUUCACUUAGAUCCUUUCUGCAGAAUGCACUGACUUGCUGAGAGCUGACUUGAGUCUUGUCCCGUCUUGAGUCCUUUGGCCACUCUGGAUCUCGGAGCUCCUAACAGUCUGAUGUGUAAUGCAGUGAAGCAGGAGAGGUCAAGUCGAGCAGCGUCUGCUGUUCGCUUGCUUGCCACGACCUGUCAUGUGUCUUGUAGAUUUCGAAUGAUAAUUUAAAAUUCUCCAAAGGAAAUUCCAUACCUGUGCAGGCAGAGAUGGGCACCCUGAAAUAUAUAUUCAGUGCCUUCCCCCCCCCCACACACACACACCACCAUAUCAAAGCAGCAAGUGGGUAGCCAAAGUUUUGGACUGUCACUGUUAAAUACUGGAUGGGCAUCUGCCCUGGUGUUUCUCAAAGCACUGUCACUAGUCACCUGUGUCCCCUGAGGAACUAGUUGGUGGACAAGGUAAAUUCCUGGGCCCAACUCUAACCCCUCAAGUCUGAAUUUCUGUGUGUUGGACCUUGGGUUCUUCAUGAAUCUCCUCCCCUCUGUCACCCCCCCCCCCAAAAAAAAAGGUUUUUAAUUCAUGUAAAAGACAUUGAUAACUGAGGUUUUGUGCUUCCAGAUUUUCCCUCUCUGACUAUUAGGUUUGUAAUUCAGCAGCCAGAAGAGCUGUCACCAAACAUUUGCUGACUUUGCUUUGUAUACGCUCCCACUUUCUUAUCUGUAACCCCAAGCUAGUGGUGCAGAUCUUAUGUAAUACAGGUCCCUGAUAAUACUCUGAGGCCUGAACUUGAGGAGGAAAAUGCAAGUGUGUGUUUCCUGCUCCACGAAAAAGAACUUGAGGAACUGUAGCCAUUUCAUUGCCUUAAUUUUAAAUAAGAGGGAAAUACAAAAGCAGAUCUAUUCUAGUAUGAAAUCAAGUCUUGGUGCUUCAGAGUUGGUUGGGGGUGUUAGCUGCUGUGAACUUGGUUCCCUUCCAAUUGUGUAUCUAUGUGGGUUUAUGAAUGAAAUGAACAACCCAGCCUGUUUGUUUGUUUUCUACUUUUAUGAGUGUUUGUAACCAGCCAUGAAACCCAGGAUUAGCAAUCUCCCCUCAGUGGCUUGCUUCAGCAAUAACUAUUUUAAAGGCUGUGGAUCACUGAUUCCUACAGACUCUUACACUUUGGGGGGAUCAGGGCAACCAUUAUGCUAGAGUAAGUGUAGUCCUCACUUCACAGGAGCCACUGUAAAUUUAACCAAAGGGUGUAGAAAAUUCACUUUCAAAGCCUCUGAUUUGAUCUCCCUUCCCCCCCAGGUCAGGAUUUCUGUAUAGCUUCCAUCACUCCUUUUAUUUCUGUGCCAACUUCAGUUGGGAUAAAAAAGCUCACUUACAAAAUGCAGGGAAGUGAAGCUGCAAAUGACAAUGCCGAGCAGCAGAGAACCGUUAGGCAGGCUCACUCUGUUGUGUUUAGCUCCCUGUCUGUAAACUCCUCCCUGCGGACUUAGCCUUCAGACCUGAGCUGCUUAGGUUACCUUCAUGUGUGACGCUGUGCAGAACCUCAGGCCCAUGUGUGCCCCUAACAAUUAUAGCUACUUCAGCCAGUGAUCCUGAAUCCCAGCAUACCUGUGCCUGUGACAUUAGCCAGGUGUGUCGCCUCCCAUAACUUUCUCUCUUAACUCCAUCAUCAUGGAGUCACAGCAGUGGUGCAUCACAAACACCUUAAAAGGCUACUAGGGGAAAAAUCAAACAAGCAAACAUCAACAACAAAAACCACCACCACUAUUCAUGGAAUCAAUGUGCUGUGUAGUUUUAUUUCCUCCCUUCACCCCAAACCCACCGUAAAGAACUAGAAGUGUUAGGCAGCAGGAACAGCUUUGCAUUUUGUUCUGUCCAUGGUAUAUUGUGUUCCCCAGUCCUCUGCCACUCUCUUAGUAGUUAGAAGCUGCAUGUUUCUGGACGUGUGCAGGAGUUGGCUGUGGCUUUUUUGGCAGAGACUGCUGAGUCACACGCUGGACCAGAUAGUCCACUAGUCGUUUCUAAAAAGACAGAUGAGAAGGAAGGAAUGCCCCAGGAGCUAAGAAGUCAUCUGUGUCUAGUAACUUUAUCUGGACAGAAAUGCCUGGGCUAUGUUUGCCCUGGUGCUAUUGCAGGUACCACAGUGUCAUUAGGUCAGCUUUAAUUAAAGCAAGAUUUCCUCCAGCUUGGACCAAAUAUUACUCUCUUACUAGAAUGCUGAGCAGUGGCAAACUGGGGAAAAAGCUACCACCAUCUUUAGUUAGUGGGGCUGCCACUUAACUUGCAGUGGCAGGACACCUGGCUGGGGGAUUGUGUCUGGUGUGGUUGGAUGUUUGUGUAAUCAAAGUCUUUUGUUGUUUUCUCUUUAAGUUGUUUCUCCUGGCCUUUUUGUUUUCUUGUAGUUAUGAUCUUGGCCAGUUGGAUGUCAAGAACGCUGGCUUAAUUCUGGUAAAUUGAUUUUUACUGUUGAAAAACUUGUUGGCAAGAGUUUCAGUUAAAAAAAAAAAAAAAAACUUCUAUGCCCCCUUUUAUGCACUGUCAAAGAAGUGACUUUACAAAUUUGAGUAUAACAUUUCAUAUAUAUAUAUAUAUAUAUAUAUAUAUAUAUAUGGUUGUUGGAAAAGUGAUGGCAUGUCUUUUCUGUGUAAAAGAGCAUCAGGACUUUUCCAACAAUCCAAUAGUGUCUUUUAGCCUCUAGUUCUCAUUGCAUAGCUUCUUCCUGCUUCCUUUCUUUCCUUUCUUUCCAUCUUUCUUUCCUUCCUUCCUUCCUUCCUUCGUUUCCUUGGCCCAUUUAUUUUCUAAGGCAGAAUCACUAAGGGCCCUUUACUUUGGUUUCAUAAUUCGUUACUAUGUAGCAGCCCAUGUAACUAUUCUUGUAGCUCUUAAAGGAAUUAAUUUUUCUGGUCUGUCUGGGUGACUGGCUGCCUACAUAGUUAAAGUCCUUGACAGUGUGUAACAGCGUCCCUUUCAACACACUUACUUGGGUCUUUCUGACUUGCUGUCUUUAUCUAGCUGAUAGAUAUUUUUACAUAUCAGCAUUGGGUUUUUGGUGUAAAGUAUGACAUUUUAAGAAUUCAGCUUCUUUUGUUGUAAGCUCUGUGUCUGACUAUGUACUUCACUAACUGUUCAAAUGAGAUGGUUACUACACGUUUUCAUAAUUUUCAUUUCAAGACCAAGUGUCUUGUUCCUUCUCUCCAGUUCCCAUAAUUUUAACAGCUCUCGUUGUCUUUGAAAAAAUUUUUUUUUCCUUUACCAAAAAUGUCAGGUUUUUGUGUUUCUAAUAUCACUGUAUCCCCCAUUUCUGUUGAUAUAUGUAUGUGCCUCAAGUAUUGAGGGGAAUGAUCUGUCAAUUUCAAGGAUUUCAAGUUUGAGUACCUUAGUUUUUGGUAUUAACUGAACUCUUAAAAUAUUAUGUUUGCUACAAUUUUCCUUGUGUUCUGUUUACUGCCUCUGAUAUUGGAGGUGAUUGUCAUUAGACUUUAUUAAGUUAAGCUGCCUCUCAUAGAUGAUUAUCAUUGGUUCCUAUAAAUGCAGAAAGAACCUCACUAUUUCCCAGGGUUGGUUUCUUUGCUUUGUUGGGGGUGGGUUGGGUGUUUGUUUAUUUGUUAUUGUUUUUAACCAGACAGUAAGGAACUGAUAUUCAGAACUGAGUUCUUGAACAUUGUCAUUUUCUAGAAAUUCUAUUUACAUAACCCAUAGCGGAAGUGAUAAUGAUGUUUUAAAUUAUUUUAAAAUGUAAGUGGGUCCUCUCUGAUUUACUAACUAUGCUCUGUAACACCCAACAUGCUUUUGAAGCAUGCUUUACAAAACUGAGUUUCACAAAAUUGAAAAUGUCCAAUUAGGUCAUAGCAUCAAGCUCAAAUCACUCUGAAGUUCCUUGGCUCAAGGUGCAAUUUGAAAUAUUUUAAAUUUGAAUGCAAGAGAAGAUAUGCAAAGCUUUCCUGAUAGAUUAUAGGAGGAACCUAUGACAUAUUUAGCCAAAGACAAUAUUUGGUUCAGGUAAAGAUAGACUCUUAGUAACAGGUGUCUGUUCUGAUUUAAAAGAUGGAAACUACAGUCUGUUUCUGACCUCCCCUAGAUAUGGAUGUGUAUUUGUAAAGACUCAUAUCUUGUCAGAUGACUAAAGUGUCACUGAGAGGAAGGGCAGUGUGGUUUGCACUUUACACUAGUAAGUUCACUCCACAGACCAUCUCGAACCGCCUCAUGCUCCCACUGUGGCUUCUCUUGACCUCUUCCCAGGCUCUGCCACCAGUGAGGAGACUUUGUGUUCAUGUUUCCAGUCUCUAGUUCUUUAGGUCUCUUAGCUAUCAGGUGCUGUCAGAUCUGUAUUAAUGGCUCAUUUCCCUGCCUGCACUAUGUACUUACUGGAACUCAGCCUUGGAGAAUGUCCUGAAGCCAGGCUUCCCAGAGCAUGGUGUCCACCUGUCACCACAUCCAAUCACGACAGUUUGCAAGGACUGGUAUUGUGAUUUCACUUCUCUGUACAAAGGAAGAAGCUCCAUGCAGUGAGUUUGUAGUGUGACGGUCACAAUAUGUCUUCACUGCUACGUUCAGCACGUGUACUUUUUUAAAAUUUAUAAAUAUUAAAAUUUUAAACUUAUCCUCAGGCAUUUCCAUUUUCUUUAAGAAACCCAGGAGCAAGCACACGGCUUAAAUACUUAACCUCUGUUAACAUCAUAAACAAAAGUGUAAAAGUGGUAUCGGAUUUAUCCACCAAGAGUACAUUAAAUACAGGUUUAGGAAAGAAUGGAGGCUGUGUAUUGAGCCGGUGACAAACUGAAUUAUCAAGUGGAUAAACUUUCAUUUGUACUUUGUAAAGUCUUCUGUGGGAGUUACAAUUUUGUCUUUUCACUAAAGACUUUUAUUAUA